AUGGAACCAAUUGGCAGGGAAAAUCACUCGUUUGUGACCGAGUUUCAGCUUUUCGGACUCUCAGACUACUGGGCGAUGCAGCAUCUCCUAUUCGUGCUCUUCUCCGUUUUCUACAUGGCGAUUGUGCUGGGGAACUCGCUCAUUGUGCUCACGGUCGUCGCCGACCCCCGCCUGCACUCCCCCAUGUAUUUCCUGCUGGCCAACCUCUCCUUCUUUGACAUCUGUGUUUCCUCCACUGUGACCCCCAAGAUGAUUUAUGACACCUUAAGGGACAGCAAAAUCAUCUCCUUUGGGGGCUGCUUCGCUCAGAUGAUCUUCAUUCACAUUGUUGGGGGUUCUGAGAUGGUGCUGCUGGUGGCCAUGGCCUAUGACCGCUACGUCGCCAUCUGUCGUCCCCUCCACUACGUGGCCAUUGUCACCCUUCGAAUGUGUAUUUGGAUCGUGGUCGCAGCCUGGAUCAUAGGGCUUAUCCAUGCUAUGAGCCAGGCAGCAUUUGUCGUGAACCUGCCCUUCUGCGGCCCGAACGAAGUGGACAGUUUCUUCUGUGACUUCCCUCGCAUCAUCCAGCUGGCCUGCACGGACACCUACUGGUUGGAGUUAAUGGUCACAGCAAAUAGUGGGUUCAUCUCCAUGGGGACUUUCCUCCUCCUGAUCUUUUCCUACGUCUUCAUCCUGGUCAGUGUCCGGAAACGCUCCUCCGUUGGGCUGUCUAAGGCUUUCUCCACCCUGUCGGCUCACAUCUCGGUGGUGGUUCUGUUCUUCGGUCCUUGCAUCUUUGUCUAUAUCUGGCCAUUCCCCAAGUUGCCCGUGGAUAAGACCCUGGCCGUCUUCGAUGCAGUCAUCACUCCUUUCCUGAAUCCCAUCAUUUACACCUUCAGAAACAAGGACAUGAAGUUGGCAAUGAUGAGACUGAGCGUUCACGUGGGGAGACCAGCAAAAUCUGCCAGAACUGGUUGA